UGCUACAAAAACGUGUAUUGAAACAUCAAUGGUCGGCGGACAGAUCAGAGAGGUCGCCAUUUUGUUAGCUGUUUCUUUUCCGUAGAAAUUCUUAGAAUUUUCACGUGUUUUAGUUUAUUUAAAGGUUAUAUGUGUUAGUAAAAAUAAUGUCUAAGAGAAGAAUUGAAGUUAUGGAUCCUUUCAUUAAGAGGAAAAGGGAAGAGAAGGCAGCAGCAGCUGCAAAAGCAGGUACCACAAGUGACACAUCAGAAACAGCGAGCACCACAAUGGCUACGGUACCGCAGGCUACUACUAGUACGCCAGGAAUAAACCCAUAUACAGGUCUGCCACAUUCCCAACGGUACCAUGAGUUGCUUCGACGUCGACUCGGACUUCCUGUAUGGGAGUAUAAAAACGACUUUAUGAGAUUGUUAAAUACCCAUCAAUGUGUGGUAUUGGUUGGUGAGACUGGUUCCGGAAAGACAACUCAAAUACCUCAGUGGUCAGUGGAAUUUGCUGCGGUUACUGCAGGGAAGUCAACAGGAGUUGCUUGUACGCAGCCAAGAAGAGUAGCAGCUAUGUCAGUAGCACAGAGAGUUGCGGAGGAGAUGGAUGUAGCGUUGGGCCAACAAGUUGGUUAUAGCAUUCGUUUUGAAGAUUGUUCCGGACCUCAGACGGUUUUGAAAUAUAUGACAGACGGUAUGUUGCUAAGAGAAGCAAUGUCUGACCCAAUGCUCGAACAGUAUAGAGUAAUUUUACUUGAUGAAGCUCAUGAAAGGACCCUUGCAACGGAUAUCCUGAUGGGUGUGUUGAAGGAAGUGAUCAAACAGAGAUCGGAUUUGAAAUUAGUUAUCAUGUCCGCAACAUUAGAUGCUGGAAAGUUCCAGCAGUACUUUGAUAAUGCACCGUUGAUGAAUGUACCAGGUCGAACGCACCCCGUAGAAAUAUUCUACACGCCUCAACCUGAACGAGACUAUUUAGAAGCUGCUAUACGAACAGUAAUACAAAUUCAUCUAUGUGAGGAGAUUGCGGGUGAUAUUUUACUAUUUUUAACGGGUCAGGAAGAAAUUGAAGAUGCAUGUAAACGGAUAAAACGAGAGAUUGACAAUUUAGGUCCGGAUGCUGGUGAAUUAAAGUGUAUACCACUGUAUUCUACCUUGCCGCCUAAUUUGCAGCAGAGGAUUUUUGAACCGGCCCCACCUAAUCGUCCUAAUGGGGCAAUAGGACGUAAAGUUGUCGUCUCAACUAACAUAGCCGAAACUUCUCUAACUAUAGAUGGUGUAGUGUUUGUAAUAGAUCCAGGAUUUGCUAAGCAGAAAGUGUACAAUCCACGUAUCAGAGUGGAAUCCUUACUGGUGUCUCCGAUCAGUAAGGCAUCAGCUCAACAAAGGGCAGGUCGUGCUGGACGUACGAGACCGGGGAAGUGUUUCAGGCUUUACACGGAGAAAGCUUAUAAGAACGAAAUGCAGGAUAAUACGUAUCCGGAGAUUCUGAGAUCAAACUUAGGAUCUGUAGUUUUGCAGCUGAAGAAGCUGGGUAUCGACGAUCUGGUGCACUUUGACUUCAUGGACCCGCCAGCUCCGGAGACGCUCAUGCGUGCAUUGGAAUUGUUAAACUAUCUCGCUGCACUCGAUGACGACGGCAAUCUGACAGACCUGGGUGCUGUGAUGGCGGAGUUCCCACUUGACCCGCAGUUAGCCAAGAUGCUGAUCGCAAGCUGCAACCAUAAUUGUUCCAACGAGAUUCUGUCCAUCACGGCUAUGCUUUCCGUGCCACAAUGUUUUGUUAGACCUAACGAGGCUCGUAAAGCAGCUGAUGAAGCUAAGAUGCGUUUCGCUCACAUCGACGGAGACCAUCUUACAUUGCUCAACGUGUACCACGCGUUUAAACAGAAUAUGGAGGAUCCCCACUGGUGCUAUGACAACUUUAUCAACUACCGUUCACUCAAGUCCGGCGAUAAUGUGCGGCAGCAGCUCAGCAGGAUUAUGGACAGGUUCAAUUUGAAACGGACGAGCACUGAAUUUACAAGCAAAGAUUACUAUAUCAAUAUAAGGAAAGCACUUGUUAAUGGAUUCUUUAUGCAGGUAGCACAUUUGGAACGUACAGGCCACUAUCUGACGGUAAAGGAUAACCAAGUGGUGCAGCUGCAUCCGUCCACCUGCCUCGACCACAAGCCCGACUGGGUUAUAUACAAUGAGUUUGUACUCACAACAAAGAAUUAUAUACGCACAGUCACCGAUAUUAAACCGGAAUGGUUACUCAAAAUAGCACCACAGUACUACGAGUUGAACAACUUCCCGCAAUGCGAGGCUCGUCGUCAACUCGAGCUGCUGCAGGCCAGGCUUGACUCCAAGGCCUACCAGGAGGGCUUUUAAACCUAAGUACGGAAGACCUAUACAAGUGUUGAAGUGAACUAGUGCAGUGAUAAACUUGAGUGACAUUUUAAAUAUCAAAAUAGUGUCAGUGUAAAGACAAUUCACGUAUAAAAAAGGUAGGCAGAAAACACAGAUUUUGGUGCAAUACUAGCACAAUUGAUAAAGAAUGAAUUAAAAACAAACACUUUAAUUUACAUAUAGGUUUUUACAUACACCUAUGUAAAUAAUAAAGGCAAACAAUAAUUGAAAACAGCUAUUUAGUAUUAAAAUCCUUACAAAGUUAUGUUAACAUAGUUAAAGAUGCAACGCAAAUGGUCAUAAAUUGAUUUUUAUUUAUUAAUUUCCAUUUAGAUUAUUUCCAAAAGCUAGAUUUAUAACCUAAAAGUCAACCAUUCCUAGAACUGUUUAAGUUAAAACAUUUAUAAUGAACUAGCUGUCGCCCGCGACUCCGUCCGCGCGGAAU